AUGACGAAGUUAGAGGUCAGACUUGUCCGGAACAUGGACCUUGUUACAGACCCCAUCUUCCUUCCGGCUUUCAGAUGCAGGUCGAUGCAAAAUCUCCUUGCAACAUAUGACCUGAAACUGAAGAGGGUGAAUUACCGCGCUUGGAACAUGCUCCAUGGGACAUACAUGAAAGACACAUUGCCAACGGUAUUCCUUGGAAAGACAGUUGGGAAGGGUUCGAAUUUGUGGGUGGAAGCACAGUGGAAUCAACCAGGGACAUACUCUAGGUGGUUCAAUCGCAAUAUUGAGUCUGGACAAAACAGUGGCGCUAGUGUCAAGGUGGAAAUCCAUGUCACGGUUGAUUACGUGGCCGCUGGUCUCGCGGAGUACCUCGGGCGGAUUGACGACCCGACCGAGGAGGAGCUUGAGAAGGAGCGCCUGGAGGAGGCGGAAAAGGAGAGGAUCCCGGCCACCAAACGGCCAUAUAAGAGGGUGGAGUACCUCUUUGAGGAGUGGGACCUCAUCGAGAAGAAGCAGGAGGAACGUGGCAUGUGGUUGCCAGCGAUGACCCCCCGGGCCCGAAGAGAGCGAUAUGCCCCUAAGGGGAAGGAGUUCGACCCGGGGUCUCACCCCUGGUUCAAGGGGGAGACGGACACCGAAGCCAACUACUUCGAGGUCCAAGAUGGGGACGACGACGACGAGGAUGACGAGGAGGAGGAGGAGGAGAUGGAGGCGGUGGAUGAGGAGGAGUGGGAGGAGGAGUACGAGGACGAGGACGAGGAAGAGGAAGAGGAUGAGGGAGAUGCCAUGGACAUCGAUGGCUGA